AUGACCAUCUCUGCCACUAGCGCACCGAACGGCACCACUGCCAUGCCAAAACACGAAGACGACCCGGCGGCAGCACCCAAUAAUGCCAUCAAACCUCCAGCUGAAUCCCAUCUUCUCCACCGCUCCUUCCACGACCACCCCACUUCCGUAACAUCCACAUCCAACCUGGUCCUCACGCUCUCCAACGGCACCAAGAUCCUCGAUGGCUGCGGCGGCGCGGCCGUGUCCUGUCUCGGCUACGACCCGGCGUACAUCCAAGAGAUCUCCGCCGCCGUGACCCAGCAGCUGGCCUCGGUGCCCUACGUCCACACGCUGAGCUACACAACCCCCGUCGCCGAGGAGCUCGCCACGCACCUCCUCUCGCACCCGGACGGCAGCGGGCGGCCCAACGCUCAUGGUCUGGAGAAGGCGUACUUCAUCGGCAGCGGCAGCGAGGCGAUGGACGCGGCGCUCAAGUUCGCGCGCCAGUACUGGUUCGAGCUGGGGCGGCGCGAGAAGGUGCACUAUGUGAGUCGGCGGCAGAGCUACCACGGCAACACGGUGGGCGCCAUGAGUGUCAGUUUCAACGUGCCCCGGAAGGCGCCGUAUAUGGAUGAGGGGUGCUUGCAGGUCAAGAACGUGAGUUGGGUCGCGCCCGCGUAUCAGUAUCAGUAUGCGAUGGAGGGGGAGGGUGAGGAGGAGUACAGCGCGAGGUUGGUGCGGGAGGUGGAGGAGGAGUUUCUGCGGGUUGGGCCCGAGAGAGUUGUUGCGUUCAUCGCGGAGCCGAUCGUGGGGGCGACGAGCGGCGCGAUGGUGGCUCCUCGAGGCUACUUCAAAGGGGUGAGAGAGGUGUGUGAUCGGUAUGAUGUGCUGUUGAUUCUUGAUGAGGUUAUGUGCGGUAUGGGCCGGACGGGGACGCUGUUUGCAUUUGAGCAGGAGGGGAUCACGCCAGAUUUGUUGACCAUGGGUAAGUGCUUGGGGGCAGGGUUUGCGCCUAUUGCGGCGGUGUUGGUGGGCUCAAAGGUGGUGAAGGGCCUGAGGGGUGGCAGUGGGAAUGUUGCUCAUGGCCACACCUACCAGUCUCAUCCUGUAUCAUGUGCUGCGGCAUUAGCCGUGCAGAAGAUUCUGCGCAGAGACAAUCUGAUUGCUCGAAGCAAAGAGAUGGGAGUCGUUCUCGAGAAGCUCCUCAAGAAGGAACUGGGAAAUAUGAAGUAUGUGGGCAAUAUCCGCGGCCGUGGAUUGUUUUGGGCCGUCGAGUUUGUGCAGGACAAGCAGACCCGAGAGCCGUUUGCGCCUGAGAAAACGUUUGGACCACGCUUCCAAGCAAGGGUGUUUGCCAAAGGCGUGGCAGUAUACCCUGGAGCUGGAACGGUUAAUGGUGCUAAAGGUGACCACGCCAUCGUAUGCCCGGCCUAUACUGUCAAAGAGGAGGAAUUGAAGGCUAUCAUUAAAGUCAUGAAGGAGGUCUACCUAGAGAUGGAGCAGGAAGUCGAUACUAGACAAUAG